AUGGAAGAAACAUGGAUCGGAAGAGGAGCCUUUGCUCAUGUGGUCAAGAUUGGAAAAUAUCCACCGCAUCUUGCCGCCAAAUACAUUCGAAUUGUUUACGGGAAUUGCCGUGAAUUCUACGAACGGGAGUUCAAAGUGUUACAAAAACUGCGACACCCAAAUAUUGUGAACUAUUAUGGAAUGUGUGAGACGAGAAAAGAUCACGAUUCAUAUUAUGUCAUUCACAUGGAGUUUUGUGAGAGAUUGUCUUUGAGGCAUGUAUUAAAAGACGCAGAAGUGAUCUACAGUAUGAAAACGAUUCUCGGAUGGGCUGAACAUCUCACUUCAGCACUUCUUUACCUAAAGAAUAGUCAGAUCAUUCAUCGGGAUAUCAAGCCAGAAAAUAUCCUUGUCACAAAUGAUUUUGUGCUGAAACUUGGAGAUUUCGGAUUCGUGAAAGAAAUCAAUGGCAAUCAAUAUUCGAUGUCGGUGGCGGGGACGGAUCGAUAUGUGAGCCCCGAAUCAUCGGGAUUCAUUCGCGAGAUUACGGCCACUUACAAAAGUGAUCUCUACUCGGUUGGACUGGUUCUCUGGGAAAUCGUUGAAAGAAGAAAAAUCUUCGAAGAGUACGAAGACGAGAAGUUCAAAGCGUUUGCUUUAUUUGAGGAUCUGAGAAUGGGCGCUUUCAGACUCAAAUUCUCAUAUUGUGAUGAUGAGUUUAAAGAAGUCAUUCUCAGAUGUACUAAUUUUAAUCCCGAAAUGCGUCCAGAGGUGGAGCAAGUGCACGCACAAGUUGUACAAAUGAAUGAGUCAUCUCCAAUGGAAUCCUUCCUCCCAAUCAUUGAGCCAAAUCAAAAACAUCCGCUCAAACCCGUUCCGCUUCAGAGAAACAACCAAGAAAUCCAAUCUUUUCAUUCUGAGAAUACGGAACUCUCCAUAACCAUUCCCAAUAUUUCAAUGUCACCUUCUAAAAGUCAAUCUCACGACGAAAUGAUCAUUGAACUAACUCUAGAGAAUGAAAGAACAGAGAUUCCACUCAAAAUCACCCUCAAAGAAGCGAUUUCUAAUCUGAAAAUGCUGGCAAUUCGUGGGGAUAAGAAAUUGCUGAAAGCGAUCGAGAACCAAAUCAAAAAGUGCACUCGUUUUCCGGAUGAUUACAUUAUUUGCAUUGAUGAGAUGCCGAAAUUUCCACCAAUAAUCGAUCAAAAACUGAUUCGUUUCUUCCAGUUACGAAAAUAUCCAAACUGGGGAAAUCUGUUUCCGAAUGUGAAGAAAUCAAGAAUUCCGACAUCGAUUACGAAAGUUUAUCCGAUUAUGAAACUU